AUGAGCGAAUCAGAAAAUAUUACAUACAUUAAAAAUAUUCAAGGAAGAUUGAAAGAUAAGGAAAGUAAAUUAGCAAAUACUAAUGAAGAUGAUAUAGAUUCUAAUCUUAUAAAAGAAAUUAAUGAAGAUUUAAAUUUAUUAAAAAACGUAAAGAUAAAUAAAGAUAUUUUGAAAUCAACGAAAAUAGGAAUAACUGUUAAUAAAUUUACAAAAAUAAAUAAUGAAGUUAUACAGAAUAUAUCAAAAGAUCUUGUAGAAAAAUGGAAAAAUAUAGCUUUGAAUGAAAAAAUUUCUACCAUUAAAAGUGCACAAAGCAUAAAAAAAAGAAAAUCUGAAAUAGGUGAAAGUGUUGAUGCUGGGUCAGAUGAAUGUGAAUUAAAAAAAGUAAAAAUUCAGAACAAUUCAAAUGUAAAUGAUUCAUUAGAUAUUUUAAAAGAUAGUAAUGAAGAAAAGCAAAAUAAAUAUAAAAAUAAUGUAGAAAAACAGAUUAAUGAAAUUAAUGAGAAUAAUGUUUAUGAGAAAAAUGAUAACAUUAAUAUUAAUAACGAUAAAAAUAUUAAAGAUUUUAAAAUCAAUGAUCUAAAAGUACUUAACGAAUGGAAUUAUGAUGGAAAAUUGCACAAUGAUGUUCAUAGAGAUAAAGCAAAACAAUUUUUAUUCAAAGCAUUUCUAACAGGAUCAAAUAAUAAUUUGCUAUAUACUAUAGACAGAAUAAAGUUAAAUGAGGUAGUUUAUGAUAUAGAAAAUGAGUUACAUAAAUAUUAUGUUCAAAAAAGAAAUUCACAGAGAGAAUAUAAUAUGCAGUUAAAAUCAAUUAAAUUUAAUUUAAGUGAUAAAAAAAAUCCUAAUUUUAAUGAAAAAAUAUAUAAAGGAUUUAUAUCACCAAAAGAUUUAGUAACAAUGAAUUCUCAAGAAAUGGCUAGUGAUGAGAAGAAAAAUGAAAGAGAAAAAUGCUUACAAGAAAGUUUGAUAGCUUGCCAAUCUGAUUGGGACGUUAAAAAUAUUCUUUUAAAAAAAUCCAGAAAAGGAGAAUUUCAGUGUUAUAAAUGUAAAGGUUAUGAUACUAUAUAUCACCAAUUACAAACUAGAAGUAGUGACGAGCCAAUGACUACCUUCGUAACUUGUUUAAAGUGUAAUAACAGAUGGAAAUUUUAA